UUAGUGGUUUAUCGAGCUGGCUAGCUGGGACUUAAAAUGAAUGUUAUAACCUCUAACGUUACAUUUUAGGCGAUAUAUCUACCUCAGUUGUUACUUGCACAACACGUAUAAAGUGUGUCAUAACUGUUUCUUGUAUAUUGCUGCUGUAACAGUUACCGCGUCGUAAUUCUUUGGGAAAACAUGAUUUACCACAUCCCCUCGAUAUUUGUCCCUGUAUGCACUGCCCUUGCCAUCUGGCACCAGCUGACCAAGUAUGAGAUCCCGGAACUAUCAAAGCCCUCUGUGAUCAUGAGGGACCGCCAGAGAGUGGAGGAGAUGAUUCAGUCCAUGCACAGGGCUGGGCCCGGUGGUCUCCAGGUCAUCUCUGACUUUGACAUGACCCUCACCAGGUUUGCUUACAAUGGGCAGCGCUGUCCCACCAGUCACAAUAUCCUUGACAACAGCAAACUCAUCAGUGAAGAUUGUAAGAAAAGUCUGAAGGAGCUACUGAACAAGUACUACCCCAUCGAGAUCGACUCCAGCCGGACAGUGGAGGAGAAGCUGCCUCACAUGGUGGAAUGGUGGACCAAGGCGCACAACCUGCUGAUUCAGCAGAAGAUCAGGAAGGACCUGCUGGCUCAGGUAGUGCAGGAGUCUGAAGCCAUGCUCAGGGACGGGUACAAGGAAUUCUUCGACCAUCUACGGGACCUCAACGUCCCGCUCCUCAUCUUCUCCGCCGGGCUCGGUGACGUGGUGGAGGAAGUGGUGCGUCAGAAAGGCCUCUUCCACUCCAACGUCAGGGUCUUCUCCAAUUACAUGGACUUUGAUGAGAAUGGCAUCCUGCGAGCCUUCAAGGGCCAGCUGAUCCACACCUACAACAAGCGAGAGGGGGCACUGCUCAACGAAGCCCACUUUCAUGAGCUGAAGGACCGGCACAACGUGCUGCUGCUGGGGGACUCCCUGGGGGACCUGACCAUGGCCGACGGGGUGCAGAACGUGGAGAACGUCCUGAAGAUCGGCUACCUCAACGACAAGGUGGAGGAGAGGAAGGAGUCGUACUUGGCCUCGUACGACAUCGUUUUGGAGAGGGACGAGACCAUGGACCUGGCCAACGCCAUCCUGCGUCACGUCAGCGGGGGCCAGUGAGCAGGGAGUUAGCCGCGGUCGUAGUUCAGGAUUUUAGUUUUAGUCAUCUCCUUCCAUGAAUGAGAAGAUUGCUUGCUGAUUUUGCUGGGUAACCACACACCACUGAAAGGAAACGGACCCCUCACACAGCCACAGUCCACGAUGUUGCAUGGGUUUUAUCACAUUCAUGGGUCGUGUGAAAAAGCAGAGGACAGUAUGCAAGUCCCCUCUGCCGUCUCUUGCAUGGCUAGGUAUUGGGGUUCCCCUCUCUGUACAGAGGUCACCCUUCACUCUGCCCACAUUUCUCCAAAUCUCACCCACGAGGCCCUAUCGACUCUGGAGCUCCGAAAUCAACUGAAAAGACACCAACCCACCAAGAGCAAAAUGCCAUUAAGCACUGCUCACGGUUUAGCACAGAGGAGUUACCGCACUGUCCGUGACUUCAGUUCGGCAAACAAGACUGCAGGAACAGUGCUGAUAUUUAUGCAAAAGGGAAUCGGUGUCCUGGCCACUCCAUUUUAAAAAUAAAAAGGUUAUUCUACACAAGCAGUUAUUUUUGCAAAUCAAAAAGGUUUGGACUGCAUUACAUUACUUUAUUGGCAUUUGGCAGACGCUCUUAUCCAGAGCGACGUACAGUUGAUUAGACUAAGCCGGAGACAAUCCUCCCUUGGAGCAAUGCAGGGUUAAGGGCCUUGCUCAAGGGCCCAACAGCUGUGUGGAUAUUAUUGUGGCUACACCGGGAUUAGAACGACCGACCUUGCAUGUCCCAGUCAUUUACCUUAACCACUACGCUACAGGCCGCCCUAGGACUAGUUCCAAAAAGUAUUUGAAUGUAUUUUAUUGGUGCCCAACCAAAAGGUGUAGGUGAAUAAAUAACUAGUAAAACCUCAGAGAACCGAACACAUGGGGAAUGAAGGUCGUUCAGAACACUGACAUUUUUGGAUCUCUGAUAGUGAUCCAAAAAUAUCCAUGGAAAUAAACCAAUUUUGCUAAAUUAAAUAAUUAAAUAUGCAGUUUAUUUUGAGUCAUCAUAAACCAAUACCCUCAAUGGCAUUUUCUCACAGAGUAACAUAUACAGUGCAAUCAAAUAAUAGAAUAAACCCAAUCAGAAACAAAUCCGUAUAGUGAUGUUGGCAAAGCAACGAGGUUUCACACUUGUCAGCGGAAGUCAAAAGUCACUGCUUGCAUUGGUCAUAGCUAUCAGUGUGGAGCUAUGUUUUUGGAUUUAAAUUAUUAGCUUUGUUCUCGCAUCCAUCCUAAGACAAAUUUUGUCCUGGUCCUUUUUUAUGUCCAAAGGUGCUUUGCAGGUUACAACAUCCGUUAAGCUCACUCCCUUGUCUCAUUUUGAUGUGCUAUUUCAAGUUUUUUCCUCAAUUAAUAGUGUUACUUGUUUGCUUUUUACGGGGUUCUGAUGUUCGGAUCUCUGAGGUUCUACUAUAUGCUAUGUACAAAAAAGGAGACUGAACUAGGGUACCAGCAUUUUAGCUAAAUGCUUUCAGAAGUGCUCUGAGUGCACUUUAAAAAAAUAAGCUUUUUAUUCUAUUCUUUUUACCCAAUUGUUACCCAUCCUUCUGGGAUACUAUGUCCUUUAACCUAUUAUGGAUGAAGGCGCCCUAUAGAAAGGCCUAGGAAUCAGGUCAUAUGAUCAAAUGCAAUGCUGGCAUCGCGUCCACCUGUUAAGGGAGAUGGUAAAUGUCUGCAUUUCUAUAGCACCUUUAUCCAACUGCUGUACAUUUGAUGCUUCUCAUUCACACACACUCGCACACCAUUGGCGAUUAGCUGCCAUGCAAGGCACCAACCAGCUUGUCCGGAGCAUUUGGGGUUUAGGUGUCUUGCUCAGGAACACUUCGACACACCCAAGGCGGGAUCGAACCGGCAACCUUCUGACUGCUCUUAGCUCCUGAGCCAAUGAAACGCGCAGGCCGCGUCAGUCUGUUAAGGAAGAUUUAGCGUGCAGGUCGCUUGUUUCACUGGGUACUGUGUGCAAGGGAUCUGACUUAAACAGUCUCUCUACAUCAAAAGGCCAGAUGGGAAAGGUGGGGCAAGUUUCAUUUCACGCACGCAGCAGGGAGUUUUAUGGAGUGUUUUACGGACUUGUUAUCUUUCCAUUUUUUAGUGAUAUUGUUCUUGGUCUUUUGGUGUGUCUUUAUUCUGGGUGCUAUGUCCACUGUCAACCUGGUUUCAUUUUAGCUGUUAAAUGUGUGUUCACAUCGCAUAUGUGAGGUAACUCGAGGGUAGGCAUUAGUGUUGCAAUGCGUUUCACCAAAUUGUCCACACAGUGCAGUAUAUUGAAGGGAGAAUGUCUCUGACAAAGCUUGUUUCUGUUGAUCAUGAUGUUUUGAUAUAUAGUACACCAGCAAUUUUGCUUGGAAGUACUGCUAGUAAAGUAAGGGCAGCUAAUAUAUUUUUCACUAUUCAUAAUAUUGAUGAGGGAAUUCUUAAAAAAAAAAUAGAUAUAUAUAUAUAUAAAAAAACUCAGAUCGCAGCUUGGAAUUCCACAUUACAACUGGUAAUGGUAACAAUUUUUUGGCUGAGAGCAUUUAUUUCACUUCGCACAUAAUUGUGAUUUGCAUUUUUAUAUGCUAAAAUACAUUCUUGCAGGGUAUGUUAAAAUCGCACAUUGAUACACUCCCAAGAAACACAUUUUAUUGAUACAUUACUGUAUCUUAUUUUUAUUAUUUGUGGAAUCAUUUUCUAGGGAUGUUAAAAUGUAUUUAAAUGAGUUAUGUUAAAUGUUUUAUUUGAAGACAGUUUAUAAUAGAAUUCCAUAUGAAACUGCAUGAUCGUUAUACUGUUUCACUCUGGGAAUAUGCUGCUACACAUUGCUAGAGAUAUUCCUUAAGUUGUCUGAUGUACAUUUUGUAAGAAAAAUUUAAAAAAAGCCUAAUAUCCCAUUUGAAGACACCUUUAUGGCACAAACUGAACUUACAAAUGAAAGUAAAUUGUGGUAUCUAGACUAAACAUUAUUGAUGAUAAGAAAAAAAAUAUAUAUAUAAAAGAGCACUACAAUUUACUCUUGGUAAUAUCAGCCACCUAAACGUUGUUACACUGACACCCAUACCAGUUAUAUUAUACUACUUACACACUUCUAGGUUUCAAGAUAUUAUACAUCCGGCUAUAAGUAUCAAUAAUUGUAAUAAUAAUGUGUCAACUUGUUAGCAUAAUGGCAAACUUUACACCCCUAAUUUUUAUAUAUACAUAGGUAUAUCAAUGUGUAUUAUGUUGGAAACUCAUGUUUUCAAUGCUGUUAAAACUUGAAACGGUUCUAUCAAUUGAUCUUUUCCUCCAAUUGAUGGCAUCAGUGCCAUCUAGUGUUCACACCUCAGCAAUGCUGUACUAGUGUACAGAACUACCAUUUCAUGGAGCCUUGAGGUGAAUUUGUUUCUCUCUUGAACUGUAGUAAACAUAUUUUGUAUUUCCAAAUGUACAAGGUAUGAACUUGCCAAUUAAAUUUCAUUAAGACUUGAAGUCCUGGUGUUAGUCAUAACCUGUAAGACUUGCCAUUUGAGUUGUACUUUAAAAUGUUAAAUCUAUUCUGAAAUAAUGAUUAAUCUUAUAGGGAACUAAUUGUGUAUUAGCCCAAAAGAUGACCUUUUUUGGAGUUGAGUGUUUCCUAUUGAAUGUUAUGGCCACACAGCAAUGGCGAGUAAUUUACAUGUUAAAAAUAAACUAGACCGUAAACAAAAUGUGUUUAUGUAUUUAGAGGUCACAAGUGGUUGACAAUUUUAUUGUUUUUAAAUCUACAGUAGUGACUCUAAAUCUGAAAGUGUUUGUUGGGAUAGACCAUACACGUAUGCAUUUACAGUUGGCAGUUACUGCCAUUUAUCGGCAGCUAGUGCAUCCAACCAAACUGUUUUAAUUUGUUCUAAAACAAAUAUACAAUCGUUUCAAUAUGCUGUAAGGAACCAGUGUGGCAUUCUUAAGAUAAACUGUAUAGUACAUUUGUUUACACCUUGCAAUAUUAAAUCUGAACCUGCAGAA